AUGACGCCAAAAAAGAUGUUUACUGUUCUUGAGAACAACCCGGAAGUCAUGAACUCCUUGGCUCAAAACCUCGGUCUGGACACGAAUGCGCUCUCUUUCUACGAUGUCUACUCACUUACUGAUCCGGACAUGCUGGCUUUCAUCCCGCGACCAGCCAUAGCACUACUCGUUAUCAUACCUCUGACGCCUACAUGGGAUGAGGCGCGAACGGUAGAAGAUAGAGACAAAUCUGAGUAUGAGGGCAAGGGCGACACAGAACCCGUCAUAUGGUUCAAGCAAACUAUAGGCAACGCUUGCGGAAGCAUAGGCUUGGUGCACUGUCUCCUCAACAGCGAAGCUGCACAGCACAUCCAGCCAUCCUCGACCCUCGCUAAGAUCCGCGAUGAUGCGCUACCAAAACCCAUCUGGGAGCGGGCGAAAGUGCUCGAAGACUCUGACGCAUUUGAGAAGGCUCACGCAGACGCAGCAAAACUUGGAGACACAGAAGCACCUGUAGCAAUAGAGGAGUAUCAUCUCGGUCAGCAUUUCGUGGCGUUUGUCAAAGCAAAAGAUGGCCACUUGUGGGAACUCGAAGGUGGUCGUAUGGGUCCACUCGACCGAGGUGUGCUCAACGAGGAUGAGGAUGUGCUUAGUCCUGCGGCGCUGGAGAAGGGCAUUGGACGUCUGAUGAGGAUCGAGUCUGAGAAAGGUGGCGACCUGAGGUUCUCUGCAAUUGCGCUGGCUCCGGCGAUGAAAUGA